CUCCAUUCGUUCGACCCCAACCUUCUGCCAGCUUUCCUCGACUUAGGUCCACCGAGGUGCACUCCGCUGCCCACGCGCGCAUCAUGGCCUCGUCACUGUCCAAGGGGCCUUUGUCCUCGGCCGUCCGAGCCAGCAACAAUCCCUUCUCUCCGAUUCCCAUCGUCUCCGGCGCCGCAUCAUGCCAAUCCCGUUCCUUUUCGCAGUCGUCCCAGCGCUCCAUGGGGCGGUUGCCAAAGACCAUCGUUGCCAGACCACCCCCUCAGCCGAGUACGAGAACUAAAACCAGAGGAAUGGCAAGGACGGAACUCCCGCAGGACUUCGGAAUCUUGCCCGGUACCUACAUUCGCCCAUUAUGGAAGGAUAUGCCGUCCAUCUUCAAACAACCUCAAGAACGUUUACGCUUGGAAUGGUUGUGGAUGAAGACGGGUUUCCAGAAUUUUUUGGGAGUCCUCGCCUACUGCCGAUACUUCAACAAAGGGCUGCCACUCGAACUGAAGGAGCGUCGCCAGAUUGCCCAGCAAUACCAUCAACGCAUGUACUCUGCUUUCGCCGCCGGAGACACCAACACCAUUAACAAGAUUUGCUGCACCGGUCUCGCCAAAGACCUCAACAAGCGCAUCGCAGCGCGCCCUAAAAACGAGAAGGUCACCUGGAGCCUGGACAAGUACAUCCGCAACCCCUCUACCUUCUGGACCGGUGCCCGCGUGGUCUCGGACCGUGCCACUCAGAUCCCCGAACUGCCGGACUCCGGCGUGCGCCAGGUCGUCGUGCGCAUCACCAGCAAACAGUCCACCGGCAAAUACACGGAGCCCGCCAAUGGAAAGACGGCCAAGAACUCCACUGCUGUGGCCCAGGACGCCAAGCAGCGGGACUGCACUGAAUACCUGGUCCUCCAGAAGCUCCGGUGGACAGGCGAGGACACUGAAUGGCGCGUCUGGGGCUAUACCAAUGCCACCACCGUCGAGGAUCUCAGCAGCCCAUUCUUUGCUCCUGGUCUGACCAUCCGCGAGCGGUUGGAGGCUAUGAAUGCGUCGCUGGGAAAGUAAAUUAAGCAGAACUGCCCUUCCUUCUUCGUCCCUGCUUGUCUGGUGCCCGCCCUGCACUCGCCACAACCACGGCACGAACCCUCUAUCCGAGACUGACUCGAGGACCUUCCUUUCUUCCUGCCUUGCACGGAUACAGAGAGUCGUCGGAUGGCCCUAGCCCCUGUGCUGGAAUCUGAUCCGUCAUCCUCCAAAUGAAGUCUGUUGUUAAUAACACGAUAGUCACGAGCAGCCACCCCCUGAACCAAAAUGUGCCCAUUGCCAUUAUCCCUGUCUUCUUAGCCUGGUUUCCUCUCCACCAUUGCAUAUUCUUCUUCUAUCUUGGGUUUCAGGUUGCUCUAGUAGCCUACGCCCCUGUGUUAUCGAGGCUAUUUCCUCUUCUAGCCCGCCAUACUACCUCAGUCUGCUUUGUUGCAUACGCGGGAAUUACUCAGUCUACUGUAUUAUAUACUGUAUCCAAUAUAUCAAUGUACCAAUGCCAAG